UGUUCUUUGAUUGUGGUUCUGCGAUUAACUAUUAAAAAGUGAAUCGAACUUUUGAACAAUCGUGAUUAGAGUAAACAGAUUGACAAUAACAGUUUAAAUUCUAAAUCAUCCUAAAAGUCAGAGAAUCCUGGUUUUCUCUUCUUUCAUCUUUCUUUCUCUCUCUUUCCUUUCCUUUCUUUUUAUUAUUGAUCUCACUCUUAAAAAGCCAUAACCUUAGUUGUGACAAAUCAUGACAAUUGGAUUUAAUUUGAGUAUUAAAAUACCUCUUAUAUUUAUUUUAAUCAGUGUUGGUUCUAUGGUCUAUUAUGAUGUUCUAAAUCAUGGUAGCUUUUCAAAAUCUGUUACGGGUAAAUGGCUGAAGAACAGUGGAAUCCUUGGUGUUUAUCAGACAGUUGAAAAGGAGGUAACAAGUAAAUUACCUGUUAUGAUUGCCAGCGUGUACAAGACAGCAAACAUUGAGAAAUUAACUGGCCACCUUUCAUCUGGUUUUCGAUACGUGGUACAACUUUCCGAACCAGUGACCUCUUGGAUUUAUAAAACAAUCCCCUUGAAAUUAGAGUAUGCCAAUGAUGUCAUUAUACCCUACAUUGCCAAUGGAAUUGUAAAAUUCACCUCUGAAUUUGGAACUUAUCUUGCGGUAGGACAGGAAAAUUUGAAACAAUUAUCUGCCAAACUAGGAUCAUGGAUAGGCGAGAAUAUCAAUUUGGAAGGUGCUUCAUUUGCAAAGGUUCAAGGAGCUUUUACCAAUGUUGUACAUGAUGUUCAAAAUUUGAUGAUCGACGGUUUCAACUGGGCCCACAAACAACUUGUCGGUUAAAUUUUGUACAACCAUAAAUAUAUACAUGGAAAUAAUGUUUUUCUGGAGAUAAUUUUUACUCUUAUCCCUCGAAAAUUUUACUUCCGUGUGUUUAGAAUACGAUUGUUGUGGCAUGAAUUAUAACAGCAAUUUAUGUCUUUCUUAAUUUGUCUAAAUUAGACAACUUUUCUGACAAAAUUAUUUAAUCACAUUCCUUGAUUGAUUAUUCUCAUUUUGUGUCUCUUUUUCACAAUUACAUCAUCUUUCCAUUUGGUUA